AUGGCGAACAACUUUGACAUGAACGACAUGACCGUUGAACAACUUAUGGCACUUAGUGAGAUAAUCGAUGACAGCGACUAUGAAGGAAAUCUUGAGGAUGAAGUAGAGAAAAUCUCGGAGGAUAAAUUCUACCGUGUUGCACCUAAGGACAAGGGAGAGAACGUCCUCGCGGAAGAGAAACUAUUCAUCGAUGAAGGUGAUAGAGCUGCGGAUCCUAAGAGGCCAAGAAGACUCCCACUGAACUACAAGGGUAAGAGAGGAAUAAUGCCAACAUGGAAAUAUUCCGAGAGACAGAAGGCAAAGGCUUUACUAGUCGAGGAGGCAUAUCAGAGCUUACUAAGUAGAGGAGUUGAAGGUCUACCACCAACAAUGGGAGGUAGAUGGAGAACAGACGAUCCUCAGGUAAACGCUGAGAUGAAGAGGCUUAAAAACCUCAGGAAUCCCAAGCGUCCCAGAGGUAGACCACCAAAGGUCAAGGUUGAUGGUGAAGUAACCCCCAAAAGAAGGGGUAGACCACCAAAGACCGCGGUAGCCGAAACCAAAGAAGUUAAGGUUGCCAAAAGGAGAGGUAGACCACCAAAGGCUAAGGUGGUUGAAACUCAAGAAGUUACGGUUCCUAAGAGGAGAGGUAGACCACCGAAGGCUACACCGAAACCUAAGGUUAGAAGACAGACUGUCGCGGAAAGGUUCAUAAGCCAGGGUCAGAUAAAACUCUCGGUUCCUACGGAUAGUGUCAUAACACAGGUGGGACCAAAUAAGUUCACGGUGACAGUGGAUCUCAGCAGAAAACCUACAAGGAAAGCUCCUGAGGUGCCAAAAGGUGUGACCCCAUGGAAACCUAGAGAGAGACCAGUUCCCAAACCUAGAACUGUGAUCCCUAGGGAAAAACCUAUUCCUAAACCUAGAACUGUAAUUCCUAGGGAAAGACCUAUUCCCAAGCCAAGGACCAAAAAACCAGUGCCUCCUCCAAAGCUAAGAAAGCCUGUCAAGGUAACCAAGGAAGUUGGAGAACAGCCUGUAGUGGUCACACCAGGGGAACACGAAAUUGAUCCAUUUGGAACAUACCUUGAGAAGCCAUCCUAUAGGAAAAUAGAAACUGCCGCAAAUGGUGCAGCUGUGACUUAUUCUAUAACCCCAAACUUCAUGGACCCACUGGAUCAGAUGACAGCAAGUAGGCAGGUUGUGAGAGGAAUACUAGUGAAUGAGCUGAAGAGAAUGGGAGGGUUGAAAUAUACGGAAACUAUUAAGGUGAGAAUGUCUAAGGAAAUUGGUAAUGACAAAACAAAGAAGGAUUCAAUAUACUUCAAGUCAAAAACUGGAACUGCUACCAACUUUGAGGAUAUCGAAAGCACUGCAGCUCAAAAUCAACUGACAAUCUUAUCCAGAAUUGAGACCUUUCAGAACUUAGGUUCAAACUGGAUUAUACUAAAUAUUGAAAGCCACUACGUUAAUAUUGCAAUGUAUAAACCUCUAAAGGGUAGUUCAUAUAUGAAAUUACCCGCAGACAUUAGCAAUCCAAAAUGUGGUCUGAUUAAUAUGAAAAAUGAAGAUGAGAAAUGUUUCAUGUGGAGUCAUGUAAGGCAUAUGAGACCCAGACCUAGAAGAGCAACUACUAUAACACAGCAGGAUGUUGAGUUCUCGAAAAACCUGGACUACGAGGGAAUAGACUUCCCUGUGAAGAUAAGCGACAUUGACAAAAUUGAGAGAAGAAACUGUAUGAGUAUAUCAGUGUUCGGCUAUAAGGGCAAAAAGCAGUUCUACCCAAUAAGAAACUCCAAAACAAAAUAUGACGAGCAUAUGGAGCUGCUACUCUUGGGUGAUGGUAAUGGAAACAAUCACUAUGUCUUGAUAAAGGAUGUAAACAGAAUGCUCUUCAGUGUAAGUGGAAACUCAAACAAGAAACACUUCUGCCUGCAUUGCCUUCAUAGUUGCGUAAGUGAGGAGUCACUGGAGAAACAUAAGGAAACAUGUCUACAGGUAAAUGGAACUCAAGCCACAAAGCUUCCAAGUGAGGGUACAAAAAUAAAGUUCAAAAAUCACAGGAACUCAAUGCCCGCACCAUUUGUAAUAUACGCUGACUUUGAGUCCAUACUGGUUCCUGAAGAGAGAAAGGCUGAUCCUGAAAGCCCUGAGGAAAAGAGUACUACAGACCUUUACCAAACACACAAAGCCUGUAGUUUUGGGUUGAAAACAGUGUGUCAUUAUGAUGAUCAGUACUCUGGUGAAUACAUAAGCUACGUUGGUGAGGACGCCACAAAUGUCUUUCUGAAGACUGUAUUGAAGGAGUCUAUUAAGUGCCGGGAAAUGGUAAACAAAAUAUUCAAGAAGAAGAUGGUAAUCACACCAGAGCAAGAAGCUGAGUUCUGGAUGACAAGAAAUUGCUCCAUAUGUGGUAAUGACCUUGGAGAUGACAGAGUGAGAGACCACGAUCAUGUAACUGGACUGUUCCGUGGAGCUGCCCAUAAUAUGUGCAACUUAAAAUAUAGAAUUACAUGGAAAGUUCCUGUGGUCUUCCACAAUCUAAGAGGUUACGAUAGCCAUCUGAUAAUGCAGGAAAUUGGAAAGUUCAAGAUAAACAUCAAUGUUGUCCCAAAUAAUAUGGAAAAAUAUAUUUCCUUCUCACUGGGUAAAAGUCUUGUCUUCAUUGACUCCAUACAGUUCAUGGCUUCUUCUCUAGAAGCACUUGUGAGUAACCUUUCACCUGAAGACUUCAGGAUAGUUGGUAAGAGGUGGACUGGUGAGGACUUCAAACUUGUAACACAAAAAGGUAUAUUUCCAUAUGAAUAUUUGGAUGACAUUAGUAAGCUUAAUGUUGAGGGUCUUCCAAGCAGAGACAAAUUCUACUCAUCUCUAUACGAGUCUGAGGUGAAAGAAGAAGAUUACCAAAGAGCGCUAAAAGUAUGGGAUCACUUUAAGAUGAAAACCAUGAGAGACUACCACGAUCUCUACCUGGAAACUGACGUUCUUCUUCUAGCAGAUGUUUUCGAAAACUUCAGGAAAACUUGCCUGGAAAAUUACAAGCUUGACCCUGCACACUACAUAUCAGCACCUAGUCUAAGUUGGGAUGCCUUCCUAAAACAGUCAGGUGAGGAGAUAGAAUUGGUAAGCGAUAUGGACAUGUUCCAGUUCUUUGAGAAGGGAAUGAGAGGUGGCAUAAGUCACAUUGCCCACAGACACUCUACGGCAAAUAACAAGUACAUGGAAACGUACGAUGAAGAGGCUGAAAACAAGUUCCUUAUGUACCUCGAUGCCAACAAUUUAUAUGGCUGGGCGAUGUCGCAGCCGCUGCCUAAUGGCGAGUUUGAGUGGAUCGAGAAUUUCGAUGUGGCAAACUUAGAUGAUUACCUUGGAGACAACGGAAGGGGUAUGGUUCUAGAGGUUGACAUGGAAUAUCCAAAGGAACUUCACAAUCUGCACAACGGUUACCCGCUAGCACCGGAGAGCAAGGAGAUUGAUGCCUCGAUGUUGUCAGAUUACGCGAAGGAUAUUGCUGACAAAUUCCAGCUGACAAUUGGAGGAGUAAGAAAACUGGUGAACUCCCUGGGUCCAAGGAAGAACUACGUCCUACACGCCCGCAAUCUAAAACUCUACAUAGAACUCGGAAUGAAACUUACGAAGGUCCAUAGAGCCGUCUCAUUCAAACAGUCCCCCUGGCUUAAGAACUAUAUCGACUUCAAUACGAAGAAACGGUCAGUUGCUAAAAAUGCGUUUGAGAAGAACUUCUUUAAAUUAAUGAACAACUCAGUCUAUGGAAAAACUAUGGAGAAUCUGAGGAAGAGAGUUGAUGUGAAAUUAGUGUCGUCGGAAAAUGACCUCUUAAAACUUACAGCGUCGCCGUGCUUCCAGUCGCAUAGAAUUAUGAAUGAGAACUUAAUAGUUGUAAAGCGAACGAAGGAAGUUCUAACUCUAAACAAACCGUGCUACGUUGGAAUGAGCAUCUUGGACUUAUCAAAGACUCUUAUGUACGACUUCCAUUACAAUACAAUUAAGAAGGAGUACGGUGACAGGUCAAAGCUACUAUUCACGGAUACUGACAGUUUGAUGUAUGAAAUAAAGACUGACGACGUGUAUGAGGACUUCAAGAGAAUCGGUGAGGAGAAAGACUGCUGGGACAACUCAGAUUACCCGAAAGAUUCUCCGUACUACUCGGCUCAUAACAAGAAGGUGAUUGGUAAGUUUAAGGAUGAAGCUGAAGGAGUACCAGUGGUUGAGUUUGUGGGGCUAAGGUCAAAGAUGUACUCCUACGUAAAGGAGAGUGGUGGAGGUGGAAUGACCGCAAAAGGAGUGAAAAAGUACGUGAUUAGAAAUAAACUCACUCACGAAAACUUUAAGAACGUAAUUAAAACAAGAGGUCGAAUGAGACAUAAGAUGAAUACUAUCCGGAGCAUCAAACAUAAAAUCGGAACUUACGAACUAAAGAAAAUCACACUCAGCUGUUUCGAUGAUAAGCGGUACUUACUUGAAGAUGGUGUUACAAGUUACGCGUACGGACACCACUUAAUAGAAGAUCUAGAGGCUGAGGUACUGAUUGAAGAAAAAAUAGAACCGAGCUGGGUAACAGUAAGGGCUGAACUUGAAAGUGAAAACUACAGGCUUGAAAGAGCACUGGAACUUCACGAAGGACCUCCACGGGAAAAGCAAGAAAAACGUAUUCCCAGACCAGAAUACAAAGUAGUGAUUCCACUGAAGAGGUUCAAGUUCAAGAAACAAUUACCACUAAGGUUAGUCGUAACUGAUGAAAAUCAUCUAAGGAAAAACUACGACAUUCUACCAAAAGAAGAUAAAGGAUUCUUAAGAGUGGUAAUGGGCGAGAAAGCAAAGUCACUUGGUGUUCAAGUUAUAAGAAUACCAGGAAGUGAUAAGCUGAAUGUAAUUGGAUAUUAGGUAAAUCGUUAGAUAUAAAUUUAUAGAUUGAAUAAAAGUUGAUCGACAAUCUUCAACGUUGAAGAUGAGGGAGCCGGGAAUCUUGACGAAUGGUCUAGAACAUUUGCUGAGAAUCUGGGAGAUAUCCAGGUGAUUUAUGGCUGAAUUAAAAAAGUGAUGCUAGAGCACAAGUCGGUUAGUGGUCUAGAACCCUCAUUCCCUAUACUACUAACGUAGGUUGUAAAGUUGGGCAAACUAAGAUGAAAGAAAUUUAAAAGCAAGAAAUAUGUAAGAAAUAUUAAAAAAUAAUAGUCGAAUAUGCAAGAAAUAUAUAAAAAUUUCCAUAAAUUUUCAAAACAGCACCCCCUGUCGACAAGAAUUUUGGGAAUUUUAAUUUACACGGAAGUCGGACAAAAUGCCAAAAAGUCGGGCAAAAUUCUUUCUCCCGCCCCUCCCCCCCCCGCCCACCCCUAAUAUUUUCUCACCUAAUUGCGUCAUACUUACAAGUGUAGUCAAGAUAAUAAUUUAUGUUUCAUUAAUAUUGAAAGGGCACUCUUCCCCCCACCUCUUUGCCCCCCUGGGAAAAGGAAGGAGGGCGCUCCUCCCCCCCCAUCCCUUCGUCAAAGUCCCCCCUACUUUUGCAUCACCUUUCCCCCUCGCUUGCCGUGGGGAUUUAAAUGAUUUCCCGGCCCGUUAAUUAAAAGAUAAACAUAAAUUUGACAGGUGCCACAUUGUAUUCGCCUUUGUAGCUUAUGUCUUGACGUGAUUCAAAUACUUGCUGAAGCUCGUCAUAUAUGAUCUAACUUUGAACCGGCUUAUCUCAGGAAGAAAUAUAAAAAAUAUUUUACAGCACAGAUUUGAUUUAAGUCAGAAUUUCAAACGGUUUAUUAAGUUUUCAAAUUGAUUUGAUAAUUUUGUACGCCAAAACAGAGAUCAAUAUAUUCGAUAGAUUUUACAUUUUGGCAAUUUGCGGGUGUGAUAGCCCGCUCGGGAAGCAAGGCGCCAUUUUGGAACGGCGUCUUUUGCAUUCUUGUGUCAAGCGUGUUGAAAGUCGAAACAGCGCGAAAAUGAGCGUGGAUACUGUCGAAAUUGAUGGUGAUAUAAGUUCUGUAGAUGAUAAUGAAGAUGCUAGUCUACCGAAAUGUUGUUCAAUUUGCAAAACUAGCUUUGAUAAAGUCGUGCCAAAAUUACUGCCAUGUUUGCAUUCGUUUUGCCAAGCGUGCUUGGAAGAUCGACUCCGAGCUGAUGAUCAACCCUCGACUACAGCCUUAACAUCUCGGACUUCGACAUCGAGAUUAAAAUGCCCGAACUGUGGUCAAGAAUUCCUUGUGCCAAGCCGGGGAGUUUCGAGUUUAAUCGAUAACCAAUUUAUCCUCGAAAUUGUCGCGAAACCAUCUGGCGAGAGAGAAUCGGAAAAUCAUGUGUGUACAUCGUGUGAAGACAACAGUACAGCGAGUUCUUACUGUCUUAAUUGCUCUGAAUGGCUUUGUAGCGCUUGUGUACAAGCUCACCAACGAGUACGAGUCACUAAAGACCAUGAAAUCAAGUCGGGCGAUGAUUUAAGGGCUAGUGUUAAAAGUCAUGGACGAAACGAGCGCUCGUUGUAUUGUCAAAAACAUCCGAGCGAAAAGCUGAAACUAUUUUGUGUAAAAUGCGAGCGAUUGACUUGUAGAGAUUGCCAAUUACUUGAGCACAAAGAGCAUCAGUAUCAGUUUGUCAACGAAGCGGCGGGGAGGUACAGGGAAUUCUUUAAAAAACGUCUCAAGAGUUUGGAAGAGAAAAUAGGCCCACUAGCGGAGUCCAUUGAGGCCGUUCAGAAUUCGUCGACUCAUUUAGACCACAAAUCUGAUGUGAUUGCAAACGAGAUUAAAAAUUCCUCGAAUGAUAUAAUCAAGGCAGUGAAACAACGCGAACAUGUGUUACUCAACGAGCUACAGGCUUUGGUGCAUUUUAAACGAAAGCUGUUGACAAAACAGUCGAAGGAUUUGAACCUAAUGCAGGAUAUUUUGAAACACAACUACGAUUUCACAAAGCAUGCUGUAUACCAGGGGAGUGAUGCAUCAUUGCUGACAACACAGAGACAGCUUGGGUCUAGAAUACAAAACUUGCUAAGCUUGAAAUACCGUGUCACGCCGGUAGCCCAUAGCGAUUUGAAGUAUGUAACCGAGGCGGUUAAACUCUGCAACGCCAUCUCGAAAGCAGGGUCUGUAAUGACGCCUUCCAGCCAAAGGUCCAACUUAUCUGGAGCGAACAUGAGUCGCAACCCAAAUGCACCGCCCCAUCAUAAUGGCAGCCAUUCCACGAUGAAUGUGAAUCCACUUCAUUCACUUAAUACCUUCAAUAAUCGGCCCGGGCUUCAUGCUGCUACCGGAAUUAACCCGAAACCAUCGUCUAAAGUUUAUCCGAACGUGAUUACAUCUCAGAUGGGCAUGUCAAUUAGGGGUGUGCAUACCAGUUCUGUACCGUACCCCUCGGGAAUGCGUAACCCUCAAAUUCAGAGCAGACCAAAAGCUAUACCGGUACCCAUCGUGACACCCAGGGGAUCUCAUUCGUUUCCUUCAAGCUCCAAGAUUCUCGGUGUUCCGUCUCGACGAAUGACCAACCCUGAUGGUUCAGGGUUUUCCCUACGUCAUGUUGAUAAUAUUGGCAAUGAGAAUGUCAGAUCAUCUCCUCCAAGUUAUGAGACGUCUGUUCAAAGUGUGAGAAAGUCAACAUCAAGUUCCACGCCAGAAAUUGCAAG